AUGGACUCCAGGAAUCGGAGCCAGGUGACAGAGUUUAUCCUCCUGGGCUUUCCCCAUCUUCAGGGUGUCCAGAUUUAUCUCUUUGUCUUGUUACUUCUGAUUUACCUCACUACUGUACUGGGAAACCUGUUGAUAUUUCUGGUGGUCCACCUGGACUUCCAGCUCCACACGCCCAUGUACCACUUUAUCAGCAUCCUCUCCUUAUUGGAGCUCGGCUACACAGCUGUCACCAUCCCCAAGAUGCUGUCGAACUUGCUCUGUGAGAAAAAGACCAUUUCUUUCUCCGGUUGCUUCCUGCAAAUCUACUUCUUUCACUCUCUUGGGGCUACUGAGUGCUAUCUCCUCACAGCUAUGGCUUAUGACAGGUACUUAGCCAUCUGCCAGCCCCUCCACUACCCCACCCGCAUGACCCCAGGGCUCUGUGCCAAGAUUGCUGUUGGCUGUUGGUUGGGAGGCUUGGCAGGGCCAGUGGCUGAAGUCUUCCUGGUCUCGCAUCUCCCUUUCUGUGGCCCCAAUCACAUCCAGCACAUCUUUUGUGAUUUCCCUCCUGUGCUGAGCUUGGCAUGUACCAACACAGCCAUCAAUGUCCUCGUGGACUUUGUGAUCAACUCCUGCAAGAUCCUGGCCACCUUCCUGUUGAUCCUCAGCUCCUACGUGCAGAUCAUCUGCACUGUGCUCAGGAUCCCUUCGGCUGCGGGCAAGAGGAAGGCCUUCUCCACAUGCGCCUCCCAUCUCACUGUGGUUCUCAUCUUCUACGGAAGCAUCAUUUUCAUGUACGUGCGGCUGAAGAAGAGUUACUCCCUGGACUACGACCGGGCCCUGGCGGUGGUCUACUCGGUGCUCACACCCUUCCUCAACCCCUUCAUCUACAGCUUGCGCAACAAGGAGAUCAAAGAGGCCGUGAGGAGGCAGCUAAAGAGGUCGGGAAUCCUGGAACGAAGGCAGAGGGGGCAGGUCGGGUGUGGCGCUGCGGUGACUUUGGGGACUGUUAGUCACCACAGAUGA